UAUCAUAGUCAGUCAACACCGACUGCCGUCAAGAGAAGAAACGAAGCCAAAAGGAUUUCUUCAACUAUCAACGACUUUUGUUUACAUCUUGGACAUCAACGAUGAAGAUUGCUUUAGCAUUGCUACUCCUCGUCGUGCUYCCUGCUUUCAUUGAGGGAUCUGCAUCCCCCAUAUUCUGGGGAGGUCGUCGCAAGGGACGUCGACCUCGUCCUCGUCCUCAACCUGAGAAAUAUAGUCAUUGUUAUGCCACUGGAGAUCCACACUACAGGACAUUUGACAAUAAACGCUACGAUUUCAUGGGAGUGUGUCGUUAUGUCAUUGCGACUGACUAUUGCCUUCAGCCAUGUGAGAAGCCAAAGACSAAUUUUGGUUCGUUCAAAGUCGUCGCUGAAAAUGUAAAGUGUGGCCSYASAGUCAGCUGUAUUAGAAGUGUUGAGGUUACUAUCAAAGGCGAGACAAUUCAACUCAAUCGAAACAAAUAUCCAGCCCAAAAAACUACUAAGACAUACACAGUAUCUAGAGCUGGUGSUUUUGUAAUUGUACAGUCCAAUCCUCCCGGAUUAAUGGUAAAAUGGAACAGGMGAAUGUCUUUGCACGUUUCUUUGACMGAAAAAUUCAGAGGAAAAGUUUGUGGUCUUUGCGGUAACUUUGAUGGCAAUCCUAAGAACGAUUUCUACGUCCAGGGAGGGAAAGUGGCCCUGCAGUCCGUCAGGGACUUUGCUCAAUUUUGGCAAGCUGGAGGAGGACGGUGCAAACCUGGUCCUGAAAUACCAAAACAUCCUUGCGAGAAAAAUCCCAAACGACAUCGAUUGGCCGAAAAAGACUGCGCCUUGAUCAAGUCGAAUCACUUUAAGAGUUGUAGAGAUGGAAAGGURAACACCCAAGCGUUGUUCGAUAACUGUGUAUAUGAUGUUUGCCAAGAAGAAGGAUCGGAUAUACAAGCUAGUUGUGAAGCUAUCAAAGAAGCAGCAGAAGAAUGCAAAGAACAGACAGGAAAAACUGUAUCAUUGGGACAUCUUAGCAAGAAGUGUCUGGCAUGCYCCAGACAAGCAAGGCUCUUCAACUCUUGUCAAACAAAGUGCUGUGUUUUCCCGUUCACAUGGAAGGGCAAGACGUUCCAAGGAUGCGCCGAAACUGAUUUUGGUUCUUUUUGCUCAACCGAGAAAAAAGCAACUAUAAAUUCACUCGGUUUUUGCAUCUAAUGAUCAUAAUGGAAUUAGUUAAGAACACUGCAAAUAGAACUUCGUUUUCAGACUUUAAUUAGUACUGUAUAGGACGCAUUAAUUACAAUAUCUCCCAAUCAUACGCUGAAACUCAUCUGUUACCCAUACCUAAACAAACUAAAUGGAAGUCGUACUUUAAAGACGUAUGUUUGGGAUUAUAAAGCACUAUUUGAUUAUUUUCUAUGGAAAACUAAUUCUCAAGUUUAUAGAUAACAAUUGUAAAGUUAGCAACGAGAAAUGCAAAGGAAACUUUGUCUACCUUAAAACAUCGGUUAAGCAAACAGGUGUGUGUGUGUGGAGGGGGGGAUGUAUGUAUGUAUGUUAAUCUCUUAGAAAUUGUGUCCUUCCACCACUUAGUGACAUGCACCCCUGCCUGACUGGUUUACCCAAACACAGAUAUAAAGAGAAACAAAUAGCCUUUGAUAAAAAACGAAAUAUGAAUAAACGCUCUGGAACACUGGUAACAUUGCGUAUCUAUUCUAGUAYUCAYAUAUAUUUGCUAUACGGGGCACAGGUAACCCAGGUCAAUAACUUAGUAUAAAUUACGUCGUUAUUAUUUUGCCUAAAUAAUAUUAUUCUAAGAUAAAUAAAACGUCACGCUUACCUUCCUG